GGUCCAUAAAAACAUUUUUGAUUAUAAUACUCAUUUGUAAAAAUACUGUUACAACACAGUUAUGUCGGGAUGUUCAUCAAGAAAACCUCUUAUCGUGUUAUUAGAGAGCAGAAGACGGCAAUUUAUUUUUACAAUGUUGGUAGCUUCGUGUUCAUUAACGAUUGGUAUGUGUUUGGAGUGGACGUGGUGUUCGACAGACAUAGAAAAGUACCAAUCGAAAAUGUUGAAAGAUCUUCUGUUUCUUGGAGCAAUUACCAGCGCUGGACCUGCGGCAAUUGUAGCGUCAUUGGUUGGUCUUAAAUCGGUACUUGCCAUAGGCAUGGUUAUUACUUUCUGUGGAUCCGUCAUAAUUGUGUAUUCAAUGGGUGUAUUGACGGCACUAUAUACAGGACGUAUCUUGCAAGGCUUUGGCGCUGGAGUCGUGUGUGUUAUCGUACCCAACUUUGUUGCUGAAAUUGCAGAGCCAAAAUUCAGAAGUCUGUUAACUGGUUUCCAUUAUCUACACUUGUUAAUUGGUAUGAUUUUGUCACGUGUCAUAAGAGAAUUCUAUAAUUAUUCAUAUGUGAAUAUGGGAACUGUAGCUAUGGUUGUUGUGAACCUUCUAGCACUGUUAGCUGUCAACGACCCACCUUAUUAUAGGAUGAAGUUUUGUGAAAAGUGGUCUAGUAUUUAUAAUCUUGAUUAUAAUCUACAGAUUCAAGAUUAUUGUCAUACUAAAGUGUUACAUCAUAAUUAUUACAAAAUUUUUAAAAUCGAGGACAACCACUAUUUGUUUUUGUAUUUUACGAAAAAACGAUUUUGGCGACCGCUAUUGAUCAACGUCUGUUUAAUUAGUAUUCAACAAUUUAGUGGUCAAUUUUCUCUAACGUAUAAGCUUCAAUGUCUUUACGGAAUACUAUCUAUAAGUGAAAUAAUACCAACCGUGACUGCAGUCCUACUUCUUCAACUUAUUACAUGUAUUGUAUGUUUAUGCAUCGUCAGUGUUUUGGAAAAGAAAAAUUUAUUAAUCAUUUCGGGAUUUGGAAUGGCAAUAACUUUAUCUUUAAUGAAUGUCACAUACCAUAUAGAAAUUAAAGAUAAAGAUGAACUAUGGUUAACUAGUUUAAUUUUAAUUUAUAUUAUAUUUUAUUCAAUCGGAUAUGGUCCAGUUCCUUGGAUGUUGAUGCCUGAACUAUGCCCAAGAUCAUCGAGAUUGUGGACUUCUGGCAUCACAGUCAGUUUAUACGCUUUCCUGAGUUUAGUCAAUAAUCAAUCAUUUUAUAUUAUCAAUUUUAACAUUAGAUUAGUUUACGGAAUGGACAUUUUCACAAUUGUAAGUUUAAUUGCUGCAUAUGUUGCGUAUUUGUAUGUACCAAAAUUAAAAGACUGUGUUCUAACAUAA